AUGGUUUACCAGAAUGUGGCCACUGCACAAGCUACAGCUUCUUGGAGCAAGACGCUCUGCCGUUUCUUCCCUGAAGCCACAGAAGAGAGGUUGAACUUUGCAUCCCUGAAGAGAGCACCCACACCAACAGAGUCAUGGAUCAUUAAAGUACUGAAGAAAGCUAAAGCAACACCAUCAUCAUUGCCAUCGUCACCAGCAUCACCAUCAAUAACAAGAGAAGGGGAACGAGGACUAAGACAGCCGAAUGGCACCACAGAGAGCCCUGACCUCAGAGUCCGGGAGAUCCGAGUGCAAAUGCAGAUUCAGAAAUUUCCUAACCAUGUGAUCCUGAGCAGGUCACCUGACCUCUGUGGGUCUCAGUCCCUCAUUUGUAAAAGCGGGACAACGGCACCUACCCGCCAAUGUUGCUUCAUAGGUGGGAGUGUACACAUGGAAGAAAUCAAGGGUCUUUUGGAGAAGCCCAUUUCCGGAAAGCGUGAAAAGGCCCUUGUGAAUGCCUUCAGAGAUAUCUCGAUGCUGUUAAAAGAAAUUAUAGCACUUGGCUCACAAGUCUGUGCCUCCUGGCAGCAGCAGCAGAUUGGGAGGGAUGAUCGAGGUCUCAAGUUUCAGCUGAGAGGUAACAGAAGAACCACAAAAGAGGAAUGGACUGUUUUGAAAAGCCAGAACCUUGAUCUGUCCCCAAAUAGAUCGUGGCCCCACAUCAGUGUUACAGCAGGUCAGCACAGAACUAUUUCUGAGAACUGCUCCAGCUAUGACAGGAACAUUGCAAAAGUGUUUGAUGGAGCGAAAGGCAGUAAAGAGGAAGACUAUGAAGAUCCCAAGAAUUUUCCCAUGGGAGGAUUUCAGUCAAUGAAGAUUUUACCUGCCAGACCUAUAGAGGAGUCACAAUAUGCAGAUACACGCUAUUUCCAAGAAAUGAUGAACCCUCAUAUUUCUACAGAAACCAAGACUGUCUCCAUGAAGCAACAACAGCCUUGGAAUUACCAGAUGAGAUCUGAAGAGGGAAUGCAGAUAUUAGCAGAGAUCAGAGAUCUACAUCUUAAAGGAGAAAGUGAAGCCAAAGGAAUCAAGAAUCCUAUGCCACCUCCUCGGCCUCCAAAUACACUUCCAAAGAAAUCUCGACCCCUUCCUCCUGAACCAGAAGACAGUAGGCUCAUUCUAAGCCAAAGAAAUGAUUUCCUGAAAGUUAACAGGAGCACCAGACAGAUCAGUUUGAAGGAUUUAAGUGAUGUGCAUCGAGGAGAUAAAGUUCCAGAUCACCUGAAGAAGCCUGUUAUGCCUUGCCAGACACAACAUCAACUGAAAGAUCUUUCUGUUCCUGUUACCAGUUCUCUCCUCAUGAUGACUGACCCAAGUUUUCAAGGCAAAGGGCAGAAAGUAAGCAUGUACCCACCCUCACCCCAGAGAUCCUCACAACCAGCACAUGGAAGCUUUCUUGAGGAUAAACCUUUACCUAUCAGUUUGCAUCAGAAGAAAUCAUGUCAUGGCAAAUCCAGCAAAAAGGUUUCCAAGAAGUAUGACUGGUAUUUUGGAGAAUUUAGCCGAGGGGAAGUGGAAGAAGCUUUGAUGAAGGAAAACACUGAUGGGACCUUCCUGGUCCGAGAUGGCUCCAAGAAGUCAGUGGCUGAACCCUAUGUUUUGGUGGUGUUUCAUAGGAAAAAAGUGUAUAACAUUAAGAUCCGUUUCCUGGAGAGGAGUCAGCAGUUUGCCCUUGGGACAGGACUCAGAGGAGAUAAUAAAUUCGACUCAGUAAAUGAUAUAAUCGAGUACCACAAAUACUUCCCAAUUGUGCUUAUUGAUGGUAAAGACCAAACAGGAACCCACCGAGAGCACUGCUACCUCAAACAGCCUCUCUCGCCCAACAGAAUCUAUUCAUCCUAAGAGGGAAUGAGGUCUUCGUUUUACCUUUAUUUCAAUAGAUCUGGUAUCCAUGACAUUCUGCAAAGAGUUCAAAAAAUGACCAGUUGAUUUCAUUAUGAGUGGAAGAUGGACAUUCUCCAGUAAGAACUGGAAAUACGUACUCGGAAAAUGUCUCCUUAACAGCAUACAUAAUAUCCAAAAACCAUUAAACUGGAGAAUGAAGAAUUAUAAUCUAAAACUCUUGGUUUAGAAAUUUCUACUGUUUUGGUGAUGUCGAAAUAAGAAUACAGAACUCAGUAACAUCUUUGAUUCAAAGCUUACUGAUAGAAAUCUACAAAAACCCUCUCUACAAGUAGAUUUUGAGACAUACAGAUCAGGGAAAGCAACCCCUAGAAGAGUCCAGCCAUCCUCACUCAUUGAUGACACUAUUCUACCUAUGGAGCAGGCAAUUCAGUCUAGCUGAAGUUGCAAAGCACCCAGAAGAAGAGAAAGGAGGAGGAAGCAUGUACCAGGAGAGUCAAGCCACCAGCACAAUCUCCCCCAAGAUCCCAAUAAAGUUAGCUCAGGACUUUAAAGCUAAGGGCCCUAUACAAUGUAAACCACUGCCUCUGCUUCCAGUCUGGCCCCCUGCAGCCAUUAUUGAAGACAGCAGUCACUGUGAAGAAGAGAUUCACCUUCCUCAUCACUACUAAGUGAUGAUCAAUUGCCCCCGACAAGAAAGUAAGACCAAGAAUCCUGGGAUUGAGAGCUGCCCCGACAUCUACCACGGGUACUGCUUCUAGUUUAUUCUCCAAAGCCAUUAUCCUAUAAAUCAAACCCUAUGGAGAUAGGACCUGAUGAAUACUUCUGUAGGAGGUGCAGGUCAAUCACCAUGGACCAGUGUCCAUGAAUCAAACUGGAGCCGCAACAGCUACUGAAGGCCCCAGCUCUCUUCUGAUGAUGUAGAUCUUGUCCAGGCUAAAAUUGAGGGUGAUGGUAACUAACUAGCUCCUUCUCCACUAAAGUUGUUGGCACUGUCAUAAGUUUCAAAAUCAGGAAGAGAUACAGUUUUCUCAGUGGAAAUCACAUUUAAAAAUAUACAUCAACACCUGCUUUGAUGAUGUACCCCAAGGA